AUGGGUGUUUUGUAUUACACGAUACAAAAUCUGUACCCUCGGUUCAAUUCGGCUUUGAAGAACAUUCAUAUGCUAGGGAUAUUCAAAACUACUGAUCUGAAGAAAUAUGGCUUUGAUAAAAUCCUUGAACCAUUCAUGGAGGAAUUACAUCAAUUAGAAAGUCCUCAGGGUAUAGAGAUAACACUUUGUGAUGGGCAAGUUGUGAAUAGAAGGGGAACACUUGUGCAAACCCCUGCGGACAAUUUGGGGGCCAACUGUAUUAGUGGCUUGGUAGAGAGCUUCACAGCCAACCAUCCUUGCCGUACAUGUGUUACACGAAGAGCGGAUUUCCAAGAGUGCUUCUCUGAUGACCAAUGUGAAUUGCGCACAAAAGAAAACUAUGAGCUGAAUGUGCAGAUGCUAUUGGAAGAGCCGGCAUCUGUUGCAGCUCAUGGUAUCAAGAAGGAAUGUGUGUUGAAUGAGUCAAGAUUCUUUCAUGUAACUGAAAUCUACUGUCCGGAUAUAAUGCAUGACAUUCUUGAGGGGGUUGGCAAACUAGAGUGCAAACUGAUGCUACAUCAGUUCAUUUCUAAUGACAAAUACUUCCCUCUUGAGCUGUUGAAUAGGAGGAUAGGUAGUUUCCAUUAUGGUUUUGAAGACCAGAAGAACAGGCCAGCAACUAUUGCUGCUGGGCCUUUGGCAAAUAGGGAUAUUACUCUCAAGAAUAGUGCAUCUCAGAUGUGGUGUUUGCUGCACUAUCUCCCUCUCUUGAUUGGUGACAAAAUUCCAAGAGAAAAUCGUCAUUUGGAAUUGUUCCUUCUGCUUCGAAGGAUCAUGGAUAUUGUGUUUGCUAGAGAAGUAACAGUCAGGAUGGUUUGUCAUCUUCAACAGUUCAUUGCAGAUCACCACCACCUGUUCAAUGUGCUGUAUCCAGAUGCUUCCCUCACACCCAAGCACCAUUUCAUGGUGCACUAUCCUCGGGCAAUCUGA